UGACUGUGACAACGACGCAUCACAGAUCCCAAUCGGCCUCCUCCAAGCUCGCAUCGCCUUCGUCCUCUGGCCGCCUUCGCGCUUUGGCUUUCCGGCGCCGCGGGAGGAGGAGCGCUGGCGCGAACUGCCGCCGCGUCGUGCCGGCCCGCGCUAGACGUCCGUCAUGCACUUCAACCUCCUCAACACGGCACGCACGACAGCAUGCUCGUACGACUUCGGCUUAGACCUGCGCCUCUGCGGCACGCGCUAUCGCACCUCGUCAUCUUCGCAGAAUCAAGCUCGUGCAGCACCACGCCGCUUCCACCGCUCUCAGCCUCCACCGCAACGCCGGCGACUGCUCACUCGCCAGCUCCAGCGCACGCUCGUCAACGGCAGACCACUCGAGCCCAAUACGUCUCCCCGCUGCUCUACCUCGUCUCGACCAACAACAGCAUGCUCGCAUCGCUCAAGAACAUGUGACGGCGCCCCAGCUGAGCUCGGCUGGGCUGCCCUCGUAUGUCUUACGGUUGAGUCUUCUGUCGUUGUUCGAGGCGAACGUCCGCGCUCGACGGAACGCUCGCUUCUCGUAGCGACAGCGACUGCGCAUCUCGCACAUGCGACGGCGGCGCCCAGCUGAGCCUGGCUGGGCUCGUCCUCGCAUGUGUGGUUGAUGUGCUUUGUUGCGAGUGGACGAGGUGCAUCUGGCCGGCCGGUGCUGCUGUCGGGGCGAAGAGAUGUCCUCGAGCGCCAUCGCAUCGACAGCGAGAGCGACAUCUUGCAGACGAGUACCUCACUAUUACAUGA